UUGACUCAUUAUGCAUUAACAAGUUCACAUGAUGCACUGGGCCGAGCAUGGGUGGGCCCCACGCUGCUGCGACCUGCGGGGAGCAAACCCAUAGAGAGAAAGAGCGCAAUUAGCGACGAGUAAUAACCCCUUUAAUCUCGCUCCCUCCCCUGAGAAAUCCUCUUUUCUCUCUCUCUCUCUCUCUGCUUAUGCGCUGAGCGCCCUGGAAGUACGAGAAAGAGACAAGACACAGGGAGGCCACCGCCGCGAACAACACCGGCCACGCCAAACCUUCUCAGGCUUACAUUUAGCGGCAGCCACCAAUCCAUCCAAAACUGCACAGCCACCGGGACAGGAGGAUCCUCCAUCCUAGACCUCUGCGCACCUGCCUGAGCCACCGGUAGGAUCGGCAAUCAACAGAGAAAAGCUGCCAUUGCUGCUGCUGCAGGAGCAGGAGCAGGAGCAGAAGCAGAAGCAGAAGCAGCAGGAGGCGGGAGGGGAGCUCCCGGCCGGAGCAAUCGAGGACGACAAUGCCCCUGUCCAGGCACACGGUGGCCAACGAGUACUCCCUCGGCGGCCGCGACCUCUACAAGCGGGCCGACCAGCACGACCCCGAGGCCGUCCUCGACGGCGUCGCCACGGCCGGCCUCGUCGGCCUCCUCCGCCAGCUCGGCGACCUCGCAGAAUUUGCGGCAGAGGUAUUCCACGGUCUGUAUGAUGAGGUGAUGACCGCUUCGGCGCGGGGGCAUGGGCUCGUGCUCCGGGUGCAGCAGCUGGAGGCAGAGUUGCCACUCCUGGAGAAAGACGUCUGUCAGAGGGAUUACCUGUACGUUGCUUCUAACAGGGGAGUUGAUUGGCAUGCGAACCUGAGAGUGGACCAUGGGGUUGUGACGACGGGCGACACGCCUCGCUUCAUCAUGGACUCCAUCAAGCAGUGCCAUGGGCCUCCAAGAUUGUUCAUGCUUGACAAGUAUGAUAUUGGUGGCGAAGGAACGUGCAUGAAGAGAUACUCAGACCCGGCCUUCUUCAAAACAGAUUCCGCAUGUUCCAGAAUGCUACAGGAAGGAAUGAGAACAGAGAGAAGACCAAUUAGAACCAUGGAGAUCAGGCCGAACCUGCAGAAUGCUGAGAUUUUCGGACCUUCUGAUGGAGCCAACAAUGGCUCGAGGUUCAAGACUGAUUUAUCAGAUGAAGUUCUGGAUGAAGUCCCGACAAGGCGCCAACGACUGAAGCACCGACAACUAAACGGGACCGUGUUCCGAAGCUUCAGACCGCAGAUGCAGGACCUUUAUGAAAAGUCCUCACCAGAGGAGAAAACCGUCUCCAUGGACCGAUCAGAGGUGCAGAUAUCUUUCACCGUCUCACUCGACACAAAUGCUGAAGAAAGAGAUAUCAUGAUGGACACUUCCAGCAGCACUGGGAAGAGCAAGGAAGGCUACUAUGCCACAACACGCAAGAGGAGGUCGACUUCCCAAGAAACACCGUCAAGCUGUUCAGAUGACCGUUCAGCAGGAAGCAGCAAGGGAUACAACUCUGAAGUUGACAUUUACGUCGACGCGCUCACCACAAUGGGGUCUGAAGUGGGGACAGACUCAGAGCACAGGGACCAUGGUGGACAAGGUGUCUUUGCAUUGGCACCGUCAGGCAAGAUGUGCUCUGAUGCUCAGGGUGCCGCAGUCUCCAGGUCUAGUACCUUCAGUAAAAAGGAGGACUCUUGCUCUUCAGAUGUUGCCUCGGCAAACAGAGAUGAGGCUGAUCACUCCGAAGAAGAUGCCUCUGUCUGUGUACCAGAGGCCAAACUUGUUGGUGGUGAACAUGAGAGGACUAGCUCGUUGGAGGAAUUGUUUUCACAAGAAAAGCCGGUUUCUUGCGAGCAUGAGAGGACUGUUUCCUUGGAGGAGCUGCUCACCGGGGACAUGCUUCUUUCAGAGUCUGACACAAGGGAAUUAGUUACUGAGUCCAAUGGUAACGCUAUUGUCAGUAAUGCUACAUCCGAUGGUACAGCUGAUGCUACUAAAAGGUCCAAGGGGAAUAAUGUUUCGGCCAUUUCCUUCAAGAAAACAGCGAGCAAGAGGUGUGUCGAAAGCAUGGAGCUGUUUGCCUCAAAAGUCGGCAUUCUGCCAAGGAAACUCUCCAAGAAGCAUGACCCAUUCUCUGAUUCCCUCCGUAACAUGGCAAAGCAGCUGCUUGAGCUCAAGUGUGAUGGCACUCAAGAUACUGACUUGUAUGAGUUUGAAGUGAAUGGCGACGGAUUCAACGUGGAGUGUCGGAAAAUGGCUCACCCUCGUGUUGAAAUCAUGGAGGAAAGUUUCAGGAAGAGCAUUUCUUUUGAUUCACCUCAAGAUGAUGUUGGUUCAAGGGAAUGCCAGCUGGAAGUAGUGGACCAAGAGUCAGACCAUGAUGUCCCAACUGCUGACAGUCCACAAGAUUCAGUCCCUGAUGAAAAUGGUUUUCAGCACACCGAUGUCUACCUGACAGUCAUCACAUCACCGAGUCCCAAAGAAGAAGAAGAAGAAGAAGAAGAAGGAUGGGCGGUUGUGGCACCUGAUGAGCAUUCAUCUGCUGGCAUUGUCGAUCAUGCAUCAGAGCUUAUUCAAGAGCAGACUGAGGAUAUACAUACUGAAGUUUUUUCUGAAAAUGCAUCUGACAUGAGUGAAGAUUUGAAAGAAAUCCGCAUUUGCGACGAGCAUGUGUAUGCGGAAGAUGCCGAUGGAUGCAGUGAAUCUGAGGAAUAUGCAUCGGAUGAAGAAAUCGCAGAGAAGACAGGAGAGCAUGUGGCUCCAGAUGAUGUGAUCUCCUCGCGGAUUUCGUCCAAGCAAUCUGAUGAUCCUUGCCAAGUAACUCCAUUCACUCUCACAGAUGCAGAUUUUGCAGUAGCAAGUGAAGGCCCGGAAAACUACAUCCCUGAAAUGGAGCAUGUCACAUUGCUGGAAACAGUCGUGGAAACGGGAUUGCCUAAAGGUUUGACUGAAUCAGUAAUUAGCAGUGAGGCUGCCGGGCCAGAUAAUGAACAGUGCUGUCUGCAUCCAGAAACUAGUUUACCGCAAGAUACUGUCCUUGGUAGCUGUGAACUUCUAGACCAAAAUGAGCAACUGCAGCUGCACAGCUCAUCCAUGAUGUCUGCCAUUCCAGAUCCAGCUGUGAACACAGGGGAAAUACAUGAAUUGCAUGAAGAACCGCCUAAUCCAUGCAACGGCAUCAGCACUGAAAUUUUUGCAGAUCAAUUGGCUCCUGACUCCAGAGAUUUGCCGCUGCCAAGCAUUUCAAGUUUUGAUUGGAUGUUAAAUGGUUUAAUGAAUAAGUCAUUGAACGUGGUUCCUGCUCCAUCAAGUAAUAUAAUUGACAAUGGUUCAUCUGAAGAUACUGAAGAAGCACCACCACUUCCACCUCUUCCCCCGAUGCAGUGGCGAGCGACCAAGCUUCAAACAGGAUCCAUAUCUUUAUUUGCAAAAUCGGGGAGACCACCUAGGCCAAAACCUCCAGUGAAACACCAGGAAAAUGAUAAUAACUUUGCACUAGUUGAAACAAAUCAAGAGUCGGAAAAUGCUCAGGAAAUAAGCCGGAACAAUGGUUUUACUUCACAGAAGGAAACGGCACAGGCAAGAGUUUGCAGCGAGACCCCGAAAGAUCUGUUACCGGAGAGUGAUUCUCAAGAAAAUAAUCUCCAAGAAGGAUACAGAGAGUGUGAUGUGCAGUCUUCUAAUCUAUUUUUCUCAUCAGAAGUCAAGUGCAACACAGACGUCACUUCAGUAGGCGACGACGCCCACACUAUGAAGCCACCUGAGCUUAUAGUAAUUCCAGAGGAGGCAUGGUCUGAGCUGGUAGAUAUAAAACCGAUACUGAAGCAGGAGGAAGAGAGAAAACAGCAGCUCAUAAAUAGAGUUUCUAAUUGCAGUAGCAUUCAUGCUAGUGGUUUGCCAACUGAAAAGACCACUGUGGAUCAUGAAAGAUCUGACCAAAAGGAGGAAUUGUCAGCAGCGGAUAGCAACACAAUUACAGAUUCAGAAGAAAACAAACCAAAUGGGCUUCCUUGUCAAGAUAAUAUUCAGAGUCCUGACUUCUCAGUACAACAGGAAGAUAGUUCCAAUGACAUGGUUAAGGAGUUCUCUUCAGCAUUAGAAGAGGAACUAGCAAAGUUACCUCCUCAUUCAGUGCCAGAACCACCUAAAUAUCCUCUCCUUCAAGUUAUUUCUCAUGAUAGAAGCAUGCUAAGAAAGGCUCCAACUUUGGUUCAGCCAUCAAGUAAGCUUUCAGAUGAGAAGAACACAGUGCUGGAUGAGAUAAAGAACAAGACUUUCAACUUGAAACCGGUUGUUGCAAAGAGACCAAAUGUGAUGGGUGGUCCAAGAACAAACUUACAAGUGGCGGCCAUUCUCGAGAGGGCCAAUGCGAUUCGCCAGGCGGUUGCAGAUGACGAUGACGAGGAUAGCUGGAGUGAGUAGCUUUCCUCAGAGCAAUUUGGCUGCUGAUGUUUCACAUGUUAUGCGCAGGUCUUGUGCUCGUGUUCUUGCAUGAAGAAAAUGGUAGAACAUAUCAGUAGUCAAAUGCAACUUUUUCUUCAUCUCGAGAACACCAUGCCAAGACAGUUUGAUCUGUGCCAGCGUAUUUUGACGUUUUCAGGGCAUGCCAUAUGUUUAUUAUCUUUUGAUGUGCCUCCUGAAGUUUGAUUCUUGACAAGGACUGUAUGUGUACGCCCAUAGACUAGUGUGAUUUUGUAACUGGAGUGUAUAUAGAAAGAAGCAAAAGUGCACAUUUUGUCUGGUCAAAACCAAGUCUUCUGAAGCA